GAAAGACGCCAUGGCCAUACGACCGACCAUAUGAUUUGUUCCUUCACUCUUCACCACUCUUCACGAGGGUUGUUCGUCAAGUGAGGUUGUCGUGAUACCUGUGUUUCGUGUUAAGUAUAUUCGGGUCUUUUCAUUUUAAAUUGAUGCAUAUCUGUCUGCAAGGUCAUUGAAUUGCAUUUCAUAAAACAUUAACGUGUUGUUAUUCUAGUGCUCAGCGAGCUCAAUCUAUAUUUGUUUUUCAUUUUAGUAGAUCGGUUGUGUUUUGUAGUGCGGGUAUUUUAAAUAACUAUCAAUUCAAAGUCGUUUGUCAGUGUGUGUGAGGCCACAUCAGCUGAAUCAGCUGUUGGAAGAUGCCGGCUGGUCUGGGCGCGUCGUAUCGCUCGCUGUCGGGCGACGUCUACAAAACGACGACUGUGCCCGAAAACAAAAAUGGCGUCAUGGAGUCGCUGAAGAAGGCGCUCAACUUCAACAGCAACAACAAACGCUCGGAGCCGCUCAUCGAGAAGGAACAGACACCCGCUGCAGUUGUCAGGAAGAUGCCGACCUCUGUUACCGCUGAAGAGACCGCACUCUUGGGCACGAUGCCUUCAGACAGUAUGGAUGACAUUGAACUGAAGAACAUUGAGCUGCAGUACCCGAGCACCAGGUCGAUCAGCAGGAGCAGGGAUGACCCGAGCAUAGAGGAGGUGCGAGUGGAGACCGACCGUGGGAGUGUACUUGUCGCCAUACAGGGCAACCGAUCCAAACCUCCCAUACUCACCUACCACGAUCUAGGUCUUAAUUAUGUAGCCAGUUUUCAAGCGUUUUUUAAUUACAAUGAAAUGCGAUCUCUACUAGAAAACUUCACCGUUUAUCACGUUAAUGCUCCUGGACAAGAAGAAGGUGCUUUGCCUCUACCUGAUGACUACGAAUACCCCACCAUGGACGAGUUGGCGUCUCAGAUAAACUUCGUUCUCAGCUACUUCAGCCUAAAAUCUGUGAUUGGCCUGGGAGUUGGCGCCGGCGGAAACAUCUUAGCGAGAUUCGCUCUAGCACAUCCUGACAAGGUUGAAGCGUUAUGUCUGAUAAACGUAGUAUCGACGCAAGCUGGGUGGAUAGAAUGGGGCUACCAGAAGAUCAACGCCAGGUACCUUAAAUCAAAGGGAAUGACUCAGGGUGUACUCGACUACCUAAUGUGGCAUCAUUUUGGCAGGGGCACAGAGGACCGCAACUACGACCUGGUGCAGGUGUACCGCAACUAUUUCGAGCGCUGUAUCCAGCCGGGCAACCUGGCCAUGUUCAUAGACAGCUACAUCCGACGCACUGACCUCAAUAUGACGCGGCAGCCUGACGCAUCAGCCGGCGUCAAGAAGGACAGCAACACUACCCUGGCAAUGCCUGUCAUCAACAUCACUGGCGCUCUCAGUCCCCACGUCGACGACACCGUCACACUCAACAGUCGACUCGACCCCACCAACUCAUCCUGGAUGAAGAUCUCAGACUGUGGAAUGGUAUUGGAAGAGCAGCCCAACAAAGUCAGCGAAGCCCUACGACUAUUCCUCCAGGGUCUUGGAUAUGCGGCCGUAAGAAUGGGAAGGAAAAAGUUGAGCACAUCUGUGUCGACUGAAGUUGUGGCAAAGAUGAGAUCAUCGCGGUCCAUCGACAGCGUGCGAAGCAGCCAGAGCGCUCCGUGGCCUAUCAACAUAACAGAGAACCCCAUCUCGGAAGCGGUCGUCUGUUGAUUCCAUCAACUGCACUCUCAUUAGUUUUAAAACGCUUGCUAUUUGUAUCAUCCGCUUCGUUUAAUUUUUUAUUAUAAUUUUAUAGUACUAGAACGCAACUAUUUUAAUUUAUAUGUACUUUUAUAGCUUUAACUGCCGAAUUCAGCAGUAAAUCGCAAACUAUUUUCAUGCUAAGUGUAAACAAAAAAUACUCUUAUAUGUGUAAAAAUGAUUAUUUUUUAAAACUAUGUAAUAUACUAAUCGCAUCGUUUCAGUGAUGGAAAUUUUGUUAAAACUAAAAAGAAGAUAAUAAUAGUAAUAUUGUAUACCAUGAUUGCCUGUUAUUAUAUGAAAAACCAAGCGUGUGGAAUGUAAUUUGUAUGGUGAUUUUUUUGAGAAAAUUGAUUAAUCAUCUCGAUAAUAUAAAACUAGUUUAUCUCUUUGUAGUAAGAUAUAUUUAGUGCUGUGAAAAAGAUACUUGAGUGUUUUUGUUGACUGGAUUUGUUAGUUCCCCUAAAAAUAACUGCCUCAGUAGUUGAAAUAUCCGUUCUUGUAAUAGAAAGAUGGACUUAUUAAAAUAUAUCUUAUUAUUCCCACCAUCUAGGUCCCUCUUUACUUGAUAUUGAUGACAAAUGGCUGGCUACUCAUGGGUAGCAAUAGGUGCAUCAAAUAAAUCAUAGUGAUUUUUUUAAUAUUUGCAUUGUAAUAUUGAGUUAUGAGCCCUGGCGGUUUUUAUAUAAGUAGGUAGUCUCGCUGAAGCAUGUGGCUUCCAAGAAAUUCAAAUCCAUCUCAAAGUAAGUGUUAUAUUAUAGAGUUUCUUAUUUGGAAACUUGAAUCCUGUAUAAUAUGCUACCCAAUUAUAAAUGUAAAUUGAUUAAACCCACCAUAUUUAGUGAAUUUUUAUGUUGUUUUUAAAGUUUGAUUGUUAAAUAUAGUUUAUUAUAUGAUAAUUGCAAGUAUUUAAAAUGUUGCAGCAUAUGUAAACAAUAACAUGUUACUCUAGCACAUAUUACACUGAACCUUGCUUUCUUAAUCAAACAAGAAACUGUCAUCUAAGUUGACAGUUAUUAUGUUGUAACAAUGUUUGUUGAAUUGAGCAUGAAUAAAAAUAAAACAAAGUUAUGAUUAUUUA